AUGUCGACCAUGGACCACAAGGAAGAGCUCAAGGAGCUGCGCUCCGACUCGUACCACAGAGAACACCGCCACCCCGAACACCAGUCCAACCAGCCGCACCGAGUGCCCAACGGCUACGACGACCCCGACGCAGAUUACAUCGCCCCGCACGCAAGCCGCGACGAUGCCCUCAACAGGAUGAAGACGGCCGGGUCCGUCAACAUGUCACCGGAGCUGUUCGAAAAGCUGUACCUCUCACCCCAGAACAAAGUCAAGGGUGACCUCCGCAAGACCUUUGGCAACCCGACACCAAUCGCCAUCGUCGGAUUCCUCCUCUCGCUCACGCCUCUGGCCUGCGACCUCAUGGGGUGGCGCGGCGCAGGCGGCAGCGGCGCGGCCGGCAUCGGUUCGUAUUUUUUCUUCGGCGGUCUCCUCAUGUUCGUCGGUGGCCUCCUUGAAUGGAUCCUCGGCAAUACCUUCCCCUCCGUCGUCUUCUUCACCUUCUCGGCCUUCUGGUUCACCUUUGGCGCGACUCUCAACCCCUCCUUCGCGGCCUUCUCCUCCUACGCCCCCGCUGGUGCGGCAUCCGGAGCCGCAGGGCUGACUACCCAGGGAUUCAACGCCAGUUUCGGCUUCAUCACCCUAGCCAUGGCCAUGAUCUGCGUCGUGUUCCUCGUCUGCUCGCUGCGCACCAACGUCGUCUUCUUCAUCAUCUUCCUGACGCUCGUUGCCGCCUUCUGCCUUAUCACGGCCGCGUAUUGGUUCCUGGCCAUGGACUACACCGGAAACGCGGCGUAUGCCGCCAAGCUACUCAAGGGCGCCGGUGGCUGUGCGUUCGCGACUUGUAUGGCUGGGUGGUGGCUGAUCUUCGCCAUCCUCCUGGCUUCUUUGGAUUUCCCGCUGGAGCUCCCCGUCGGCGACUUGAGCAGAGUGAUCCGGGGCAAGAGCGAGAAGAGUCACGUUUAG